AUGAUUCGAGUGAUUUCCUCAGGCAACCUGCUUUCUUCGGGUGGCGUUGACGCGAUCAAGACGUACACGUUGGGUCCACGUGAAUUGCUCAUUGUGGAAGGAUCCGUUUUGGAUUACGCGUCGAGAAAAGGAGCCAUUGUCAACUCUGCGGGUCCCGAGUGUUUGGGAGGCGGCGGUGUGGAUUUUGCCAUUACCAAUGCCGGCGGUGCGAAGCUACUAGAAGAUCGCAAGGCACUCCCGAUUGUCGAGUUCCAAAAAGGCGGCGUUCGAAUCCGUUGCCCGUAUGGACAAGCCAAGUUGACGGGACCCAAUCGAUACGGAAAAAUAAGUGUACCCUAUGUCAUUCAUGCCGUGGGGCCCAACUACAAUCAUUAUGAAGACAAUGUCGAAGAGGCUGACGAGCUAUUGCGCAGUGCCUAUCAAUCCGCCUUGAACUGCACCCACAUCACUCCACAAACCAACAAGAAACCCAUCAAAAAAGUCGCAUUUUCCAUGAUUUCUGCUGGAAGAUACAAGGGAAAACAACCAGUAGAACACGUCCUUCAAAUUGGGGUUCAAGCCGUUGUCGAUUGGUGCCAACAACAGCCACACGGACAAGACAAUAAACUCGAUAUCAUCAUUCUAUAUGCAUUCAACUCCACCGAAUCCAACACACUUAUCAAACUCUGUGAUUCAAUCUUGGGAAACGAGAAAGUGGUGCGACAACAGUAA